AUGUCCGACACACCCUUUGCUCAGUACUACGCCUCAGCUGCGCCGCUGCAAUACAGCGCAUCCGCUAAGGGCCAACAGGAGGACACUGCUGCCUACGGUAUCGACGAGGUCGAUUACUCCAAGCAAAACUUCGACUUCUUCCACUUCGGCCCUGGGGCCACGGGCAUCGUCGCGCCACACCCAGACCAAUUCGAGUCCGAGCUCGAUUCGUCGCUCGCUGCAUUCGACACCGAGCUCAAUCUCCUCCCCGUAGAGACGACUGGGGAUAUCUUCUCCUUCCUCCGCGCCGACACCCCGACCUGCGGCCCCCCUUCGACCUUCACCGUCUCUUCCGAGUCGGUGUCAGGUUAUGACUCGAGUUACGCCGACUCUCUCUCAGCCUACAGUUUUAACGCGCAGUCGCCCACACCCAACUACGCAGCGAGCAACUACUCCUACACCCAGGAACUCGACAUGGACUUCAAGCGCAUGGCCCUCCCCGGCGCGACAGCUCCGGCUCACACUGCGGCUCAAGAUGAGCGCAAGUUCACGAGCGUCUCACCGAGCACGAGCAUCCGCAGCUCGCCCAAGAACAUGUCCACCAUCGCGCGCUACUCCCCGCAGAACUUCCCCCCGCGCGGGAGCUUCUCGGAUUACGAGCCCGCUCAUCCGCAGCAUGCCCGCAUGGCCAGCUCUGCGGCUUCGGACUACUACCCGCAAGCGCAGGUCAGCAAGGCGUUUAACUACGGAGGCGUGUCCCAGCAGACCGUAUCCCCGUCCAACGUCUCGCCUACUGUGCCCGGUGUGCCUUCCAUCCCGAUGCUCAACAGUGCCACCAUGGCGAGGAAGAUGGAAGAGAUGCCGCAGGAUGCCAAGAAGAAGUAUCAGUGCCCAUCGUGUCCUCGAGCCUUUGCCCGAGCCUACAACCUCAAGACACACAUCCAGACGCACGAUCCCAACCGUGCUAAGCCUUACAUCUGCCACCACAAAUCGUGUGGCAGGUCGUUCAGUCGCAAACACGACCUCACACGCCACCUUGUCUCCAUCCACCGCUCGGAUGCUAUGCCCACUUCGUCUUCGUCCAUCGGCGUUGGCAAGGGUCCCCGAGGGUGGUGCGACAGCUGUGGCAAGGGCUGGGUCGGCAAGGACAAGGGCUGCGACUGUGACGAGAAGUAA